AUGGAUGUAGCAGCUGGGGUUCUCGGCCUACAGGCUGAUGUAGGCCUAAACAAGGUUCAGAGAAAGCCAGUUCAUAAGGCCUACGUGAUGGGGUUGAUUGCAACAGUACUUUUGGUAGUAGCCCAUGUCAUGGUGAAUUUGCUAUGUGCGUGCCCUUACAUUGUGAAGACUUCAUUCUAUAGGAUAGCCAGAGUGUUUUACCUUGUUUCAAUUUGGGUCAUUUUUGGUGUUGGAUUGGUGUGGCUGGUGAUGGGGACUAUGGCAAACAAAAGGUCACCAGGUCCAUAUUUCUCAUCCUAUCGCCUCUUGCACGAUGGUGGGGUGUGUUGUUUUCUUCACUCCAUUUUGUGUUUUGCAUAUUACAUUUUCGCCACCGUAAAUCUGUGA